UCACAUCCGACUCCCGCAGCGCCCCCUCCUCUGUCGUCUGUCUCGCGGUCUUCUCCUCUCCCCCCAUGGCCUCCGCCGAAAUCCCCAACGCCGACACCGCGGACCCCAACCCUAGCCCCAACCCCGCCGCCCGUUCGCCGUCACCUCCGCUCCCGCCGCGCAAGCGCCGCCUCUCCCUCUCCCCUUCACGGUCCACCUCCCCCAGGCGCUCCGUGUCUCGCUCCCGCUCCCCCCGCGACCGCCGUAGCCGCAGCCGCAGCCGGAGCCGUAGCCGCAGCCGCAGCCGUAGCCGCAGUCGCAGUCGGAGCCGUAGUCCGCGCCAGCCCGAAGGCAAGCGGCGGCGGCAAAACGACCUCACCGUCGAGGCGUGCCGCGACUACCUGCGCGACAGGUGCACCCGCUCCGACCUCGAGUGCAAGUAUGCGCACCCGCACCAAUCCGUUUCCGUCGACCGGGACUCCAAGGUGACCGCAUGCGCCGAUUCGCUGAGGAACAACUGCUUCCGGGGCAGAACCUGCCGCUACUACCACCCGCCUCCUCAUAUACAGGAGUCCUUGCUGAGAUCAAUUGGUUUGGACGUCCCACCGGUGAAGACGGUUUGCAGAGAUUUCGCACGUGGGCGAUGUUCAAGAUCAGCAAACGAGUGCCGCUUCUUGCACCAUUCAUCUGUUCAAGAGUGUGCAAUUGUUUGCCAAGAUUUCUUGCGUGGGAGGUGUGACCGUAUAUCAUGUAGGUACACUCAUGUUAUAGCACAACCAAUGCUACCCCCACCAAUGAGGGAUGUUCCCAUGCAAAUGCCAUAUCCUGAGAUGGUUUACAUGCCACCACCACCACCACCACUGGGAGUACCUAUGAUGGCUCCUCCUCUCUCGCCUCCUAGAGGUUUUGCUGAUAACAAGAGCACAGUGGAAGUUUGCAGGGACUACUUGAAGAAAAUGUGCAAUAGAGAAUCAUGUAGAUUUGCACACCCUGAUUCACAAACUGAGGUGGCACAUGACAAGGUUGAAGUUUGCCGUGAUUUUAAACGAGGAGAAUGCACUCGACCUACAUGCCGCUUUUACCACCCAUCCUCAAGCUGAAGUUCUGUUAGAUAAAUCUUUCAUGCCCCGCUCUGCUGCUGCUGCCGCCGCCGCUGCUGCUAAUCCUGCUACCGCUGCGAAAGAGCUGCUGCGCUGGCUGUUAUGAUGCUAAGGUGCCAUAGAGUAUGAGACCGUCGCAAGUGCUAUGUCUCUGGAAGGAAAACAAAACUUGUUACUAUCGUGUGAUGUUCAGAUGGUUUGCUUGAACUUGACUCAGCUCCGAAGUAGUCUUCUUCACAAUGGACUUUGCAUGUGCGGUUGGUGUAUUUGCGUUCAUAAAGAUGUUUUAGACUUUUCGCUGCGAUUUGCUUUGGUGUUUUGCAUAAUUGAAUCUUGUUUACCAUCACUUGUAACCUUUUACACAUUGUUGCUUCAUCUUGUGCGCCGCCA